AAUCAUUCCAUUUUAGCACCUUUGGUGUGACAUGGCGGCUCCGGCGAUGUUUGAUAUCUCCACCGACGAGGGCUGCCCAGAGGUGCAAACCUGGCUCUCGGACCUGGGACUGGGCCGCUACUUCGGGCUGCUGCAGGCCGAAGGCUUCGAUGACUUUCGCAUCAUUCGCAAUGCCACGGAGGAAGAUGUGGCGGAGCUGGUGGCCCUGUGUGCCAUGCCACGCCUGCACGAGCGCCAGUUCCGACGAGCGUUGACAGACCUGGGCGAGGACAACAAGAAGGCGGAGCCGAAGGCUGUGUCUGAUACGAAGGCCCAAAAAGCAGGGGCCUUGUCGCGUUGCGCCCUGGAAGAGGAGAGCUUCGUGGCUCCAGGCACCCCGAAAUCUCCAAAGUUGGCCCGAACUGCGAGCAUUUGCUCCGAGCCGCCAAUGCCGGUGACUGGUAGUACAUGGCAGGUCAUUGGUGGUCGCUGUGCGGGCGGGGUCCUGGUUCGGACCGGUCAGGAUUUGAAAUCCCCAGAAGCCCAACUUCGGCUUGGCUUUCGGGCCAAGGUGAGGGAGCUGGACUUGGUGGGCACACGCCUCCAUUUCGAAUUAGUCGACGGCUUCGGGCCGGCGACCGGAUGGGUGAGCAUCAAAUUCUCCGGCAAGGAUCUGCUUUUUAGGUGCGGCGAGCCGGAGGUGUCCGGCAACGAGCGCUCGGUUUACGAUCCCGAGUCGUGUUGCCGCGACAUCGCCUUGAGUUUCACAGUGAUCCUGCAGGCUGAAGCCGAGGACUUGCCGGAGUUGAUGGCUCAGGAGGAGGAAGAAGAAGAAGAAGCAGAGGUGUUGUCUGUGGACGAGGGCGCGGAGGAGGUGGAGGAGGAGGAGGAGCCGGACGCUGCCGACCUGUACUCUUCCAGCUCGGUGUCAGCGCAAUUCAGCUUGCUACCUGCCAGAGGAGCACCCAAGUCGCUACCCCGGCUCAGCAAGGAGUCGCUGAAGAAGGACUUUGAGCUGCGACCCGGCGGAUACUCCAUGAUGAACAGGAGCAGCGCGCCCAAACUCAACAGCAUGGCACCUAUGGCGAUGCAACCGCCCACUCUUCGGCAGACGCCGGUGGUGAUGGCUACUCCGCAGCCAACCAGAAUGUUCUGACGCGUGUCAGGCCCCGCGGUUGACAUGAGAGCCAACA